AUGGUUAAUAUUGUGUAUUUGGAAUCAUAUACAAGCCAUAAAGACUACUUAAAAACUUCGACAUUGAACCUACCAGUGGAAUCAUUGCUAACAUACUGUAUUUACAAAUACUGUGCUCCAAAAGAUUUGUUUUUAAUUUUUGUUUUUACGGGCAAUGGAGCCAAAAAGGAACUUACAUUACAUUGGAAGGAUGACAUGAAGUUUAUAAAUGGCGAAAAUGUACCGUGGCAAGUGGCGGCAUGUAAAUUUCCUGCAGUUUUGUAUGUAGAUACUUUAAUAACUGGGCUAUGUGCUGUGGCCAGACAUAUUUGUAAAUAUCGAACCUCUGUGCGAUCGUUUCAAGAACACGAAGAGGGCUUACUUGGUUUCCGGAAGAGCUGUCUUCAGGCUCCCAAUGAAGUAUCCAUUUGGACAAAAUUCUGUGAAGUUGACAUUAUAAAGACUGUCCAAAGCAUUUUGAAUGUAGAUACAUUGGAAGAAGUCCCAAAGAAUCUCAUAAGAUUUGAAAACCAUCUUAAGAAACCUGUCAGAGUACAUAACGUUUACAAAAUAGCUAGAGAUUUGAAAAAAGAGAAUUUUAAAAAUGAGUUUUCGAAAUCAUUAAAUCAAACGUAUACUGAAAAGAAGCCAAUAAACGAAAACAAAGAAAAAUCAAGACCAAUAAAGCCUCGAAAAUGGAAAUCAAACACAAGAAAACAAAUUCAAAUUGAUUCAUCAACUAAAAUAGAAGAUUUAGAAGUUAGUCAUCGUUUUGCAGAGGGACCUUUUCUUACUUUAGCUGAUUUGCUACUUCUACCAUCUUAUCACAUAGUGAUGCAAUCAUUAGGAGAACCAAUCUUUUUAUCACACCUCUCUUAUACAAACAUGUGGUUUUAUAAUCUUCAGCAAGUAACACAAAUCCAAAAUUUAAAACCUCUUCUUGAAGGAAUUGGAAAUAGGGCUCUAAAAAUAGAAAAACUCAAUUUACCAGUUAUGGAAGAUGUUAGUCUGUACAAAUGUGACCCUAAAAGGCAUAAUCCAAAAAAGAGAUUGUAUACAAAAGAAGAAGAUAUUGAAAAUGCAUUAAGCACCCUUAAGGAUGGAAUGGAACUAAACAUGACUUCUAACAAAUUUGAUUUUAAAAUCAAUUGGAAUGAAAUUCCAAAUGGUGCAAAUCCCAGUGCUGGGCAUUUACCUGAUGAAAGAAUGCAUCGAAAAUCCCAACAGUUGGAAAACUUGGCUUUAACAGUACAAAAUAUAGCUAAAGAAGGAGACCUUAUUGUAGAUUUCUGCAGUGGCAGUGGUCAUUUAGGCAUAUUACUUGCACAUUUACUGCCUAAGUGCACAAUAAUAUUAUUGGAGAAUAAAGAGCAGUCACUACUUAGAGCCCGAACAAGAGUACAUGACAUGGAUAUGAAGAAUGUGUUAUUUUUCCAAUGCAAUUUGGACUUCUUUAUUGGAAAGUUUGAUAUAGGAAUAGCUCUACAUGCAUGUGGGAUUGCAAGUGACUUGGUUUUGGAUAAAUGUUUAAAUGCAAAUGCAAAGUUUAUUCUGUGCCCUUGCUGUUAUGGUUCUUUACACGCUACUGAUAGAUUGGUAUAUCCAAGAAGUAGGGUGUUUAGUGGUGUUUCUAUUGACCAAUAUUUGUGUAUAGGACAUGCGGCAGAUCAAACUCAUGAAGAACACCCUUUGACAGUUAGGGGAGCAAAAUGCAUGGCAGUUAUUGAUUCUGAUAGAGCCCGCUUGGCUGAAGAAUAUGGGUACAAAGUUACGUUGUCCAGGUUAAAACCUCUAACUUGUACUCCUAAGAAUAAUUUACUUAUAGGCAUACCAACAUAGAAAUAAAAA